CAUGCAAACAAAUGCUUAACAGAUAUGGAGGAGAUAGUGGCCGAGACCCUCAAAAUAAUUGACAACAGUGGGGACUCGUUUGCCCAAAGGGCAGAAAUGUACUACAGGAAGAGACCAGAACUCAUAAAUUUUGUGGAAGAAGCCUUUAGAGCAUUUAGAGCACUAGCAGAGAAAUAUGAUCAUCUAUCAAAGGAGCUACAAAGUGCGAACCGAACAAUUGCCACUGCUUUCCCCGAACAAGUCCGUUACAGAAUAGAUGAGGAUGAAGAUGAAGAAAGUUUCCCUGAAACUAAUUCAUCAAUUCCAAACCCUAAUAACCAAACAGAAAAUCAAGGCAACAUUCCUAAACCUCCGAGUAUCCCGAAGAAACAUAAUCGAACUCCAUCUAUGUUGCUCUCAAAAAAAGCAACACAUAGGAGAAGUGGCAGUGCUGCAAAAUCUUUUUCAAAUUCAAUAGUUCUAAGUUCCGGUUUGAGCAAGGUUGAAGCAUUAGCCGAAAUAGACAAACUUCAGAAAGAUAUUUUGGCAUUGCAGACUGAAAAAGAGUUUGUAAGGAGCUUGUAUGAAAAUUCAUAUGAAAAGUAUUGGGAAAUUGAAGACAAAAUUACAGGAAUGCAAAAAAGAGUUUGCAGUUUGCAAGAUGAGUUUAGUAUUAGUACAGUUAUUGAAGAUAAUGAUGCAAGAGCUUUAAUGGCAGCCACGGCGUUAAAUUCAUGUAAAGAAACCCUAGAUAAGUUGAAAGAGGUUCAAGUACAAUCAUCCGAGGAAGCUAAAGAAGCAUUCCAAAAGUUUAAGGAAGCUCAUCACAAAUUUGAAAACCUUAGAAGUAACUUGGUUUCCAAGCAAACAAAUCAGCGAGAUGAGGAAACAGAUUCAAAAAGUAAAGAUGAAGAAGAGAUAGAACUUAGCUUGGAAGAAAAUAUGCACGUGCAUGAUGACUUAGCGUCGUUGCAAGAGAGGAUUAAGGAAAAGCUUGAGGAAGGUUCGGGAGAUUCGCUUACGAUGACAGAAAUUGCAGAGAUGAUUGAUGAGCUUGUAAGUAAGGUUGUUAGUUUGGAAACGGCGGUUACUUCUCAGAAUUCAUUGGUAAAGAGACUGAAAUCAGAAGCUGAUGAACUUCAAACAAAUAUACAAAGUUUAGAAGCGGACAAGGAAAUUCUUAUUGAAGAUUCAGAAAAUAGUUGCAAGAGGAUGAAAGAAUUGGAAGAGGAGUUGAAGAGAGUUAAAGCUCUCAACAAAAGUGUCGAAAUGCAAGAUAAGAAUCUCCAAACAAACAUUCAUGAAGCUAGUUUUAAUCUUGAACAUCUUUCAGGAAGAUUGAAAAAUGUGAAGCUAGAUGAGGAAGGGGAUAAUUUGGUCCUUUCCAAUUCCGAGAAUACAGUUUUUUUUGAUGGAAAACUAAGUGAGAAUUUUGAAAAACAUGAUGAUAAGUCUAGUUUGAAGGAAAAUAUUGAUUUUAGGACUGAAGUGACGCCGGAGCUAACACAACAGGAUAAGGUUGAAUCACUUGAUGUUGAAACUGGGGAGGAAAAAGAUCAAACUAACUUGAAUCAGAUGUUUGUAAGUGGAUCAGAUGACAGAGAAAAAAUUAUGUUGGACGAGUACACGUCGGUUUUAAAGAACUAUAACGAUGUAAAUGACAAGCUCAACGAUACGGAGAACAAAAAUCGGAACAGCAUUUUCGAAUUGGCACUUCAGGUGAGGGAAUUGAAGGAUGUAGUUGCCACUAAGGAUGAAGAGAUAAACAUUUUACAAAGGAAGCUUACCUUUAAAGAAAGAAAUCCGGAUGAAAGUCCUCGUACCACUUUAAAUGAGGAAGCGCCUCUUGAAAACGCCUCUUCAGAUAUAGGUAGCACUUCUUUUGGAAACACGGGAAAUAAUGACACAAGGACAAGAUUAAUUUUGGUGAGAGAAAAACAAAGUUACAAGAACCGUUCCCUUUCACCUCUAGAAAAGAAAUUCCGUUCUGAAAUCGAUGAUUUGCUCGAGGAGAAUUUAGAGUUCUGGUUGAGGUUCAGCACUUCAGUUCAUCAGAUUCAAAAGUUCCAAGAAUCUUUAGAGGACUUAAAAGCAGAACUAAGAAUAAUAAAGCAUAAUAACCUUGUGUCAGAAAACAAGAUGUCAUCCAAAGCUAUAAAAUCAGAAAUAAAGCCAAUAUUUAGACAUUUGAGAGAAAUAAGAACCGAGUUAUCAUUAUGGCUAGAACACAAUGAAGUGUUGCAAGAUGAGUUACUAGCUAGACAUCCAUCAUUAUGCAGCUUACAAGAUGAAAUAGCAAGUGCGGCGAAUCCAGAUUCAUCGUCGAGCAACGGUGAACUUAGUGAGCAUCAGGCUGCAAAGUUUCAAGGUGAAGUUCUCAACAUGAAACAAGAAAGCAACAAGGUUUCUAGCGAACUGGAAGAAGGUUUGAGUUAUGUAAAAGAACUUAAAAUUGAAGUUGAGAAAAUACUCGACGAAUUGAGUCAAACAAUGGGAGAUAACAAUAAUGAUAUGAAACAAUCCACAAGCCGCGCUAAAUUACCUUUAAAGUCUUUCUUAUUUGGAAUCAGGUUAAAGAAGCAAAAACAAUCAAUGUUUGCAUGUGUCACUCCAACAUUACAGAAACAAUACAGUGAUCUAGAAGAAGCUGAUGAUGCCCCAAUAUAG